GUGCGUGUGUGCGUACUACAUCUGUAAUGUGUUAUGUACCCUAGUACGGUGCCCGUAAAACAACGCUCAGUGACAUGCAGCAUGCACCAUGGUGGCUUGUGGCCACCGCCAUUAACAGUGACUUCAGUGUUAGCGAGUCAGCGGUCCGUCCGGAUAGAAACCGUCGGGCCAGCAAGCAGUGAUCUCGGCCAUCGUGCCGUAAUGCUCAAUACGUUAAAGGUCUACUUUCGCAACGUACCACUCCCUGCUAAAUAAAGGUGUUGAAAAGUGAGGUUAAGGUAUUAUCGUCGUCACACGGGAACAGCAAACAAAACAGGCCGAGCAGGCGACGAAACCGUCAGUCGCUGGGGCUGCAACACUGGUGAAAAAAAAAUCACGCAAGAAAAGAACAUCGCAAUAGGCGUAUGUCGUCGUAGUGAAGGCGACGCUACGGCAUCCUGUUGUAGCAAGGAACCUGCCGCUGUAGGGCCACGUCCUCCCGCCUUCUCGGUCCGUACUUCAUUUCGUAACGUAAGUGCGUAAGCGUGUGCGCGAGCGCGUGUGACGGUGUGUGUGCGUGUGUGCGUGUACCGUGAAAAUGCAUUCCGGUGGUACGGCGGUGGAGGACAGGUUCGAACAGCCUCUACCGACGGCUCGUUCGACGAGUAAAAAGCCUAGGGCCAAGCAGCAGCAGCAGCAUCAGCAGCAGCAGAAACGACGAGAAACCGGAGAAGGCAACCAAGUGCUACUACUACUACAACUACUACCACUGUCGAAACACCAACACACACGCCGCAUACGCUCGGAUGCUGCAAGAAGCGCAGCCCCAAACGCAAGGUCGCCGACUGCUGCUGCCACUGUUGAUGGGCGGCGGGCACUUGUCCUGCUCCGAUAAGGACGAGACAGAGUGAGAGAGAGCGGGAGAGAACGAGAGAACAAGAGAGAGAGAGAGGGCGCGCUCGUGAAAGCUCCAAUCUGGUCUGCAGAAGGAGAGAAAGCUCUCGCCGGCGAUUUGGAGCGCGCACUCGUCUGUGUGUGUGUGUGAUGGUCGUAGUGUGUGCUAGGCGUUGUUUAUCAAGGCCCAAGAGCCAACCGGACCGCCCGCCAUCACCAUCAAACUAGUGAAUGAUAGGCGCGGGUGUAACAGCAGUGCAGCAACGUCCCAGUGCCCCCCCGGGAACACAAACAGACAAACAGACAAACAAUGAAAAUGGCAAAAAACUGUUCCACGAUCGUAAGGUGCAGACGGGGUAGAAGGAAUGGCUCAGUGACCACGGCUCAGUGGUGGUGCAGUACAGUGAACGACGGAAUGCACCGGAAUAGUAGUAGUAGGCUGUUGUGCGUUAGGAGAAAAUUCUCCCUUGCCGUGAUGGUGAUGAUGGUGGUGGUGAUUGCGCUGUUCCCGCUGCUUCUCAAUCCACCGGCGGUGGCCGCCCAGCGACCACUCGGCAAUAGUACGUACGGUGCACCGCUCAACUCGACCGGCGUGAUCAACGUCCAUCCGGUGCUGACGACGAGUACUACGUCAACGGAGCAACCACCGCGGACCGCUUCGCCGGCGUACGUGCCCGGUCUCCAUGACGACGAUUCGUUCGACGAGUAUGACAGCUCGGACGUGGAAGAUCACGAUCAGCUGGAGGAGCUAGACCAUGAGCAUGAUGGGGAGCAUGAGCAGCACCAUCAUCACCUGUACAACCAACAUCACCACCAUCCACACUCGUAUCCAGGGGCGGGAGCGGGGGUGGGGGCGGGCCCUGGUGCAGUGGUACCCCACAGUGAGGUACCGAACUCUGGGGCGGCCCGUAGCGGUGGUAAUGAGGCCGGUUCGAUCGGUUCACGGCAAGCGAGCAAUCGGUUGAUCAAUCCGUACUUCCCAACACCGGCUUCACCACCGGGCAGCUCCAAGACGACCGAUACGCAGGGUAAUGCACCCCGUGGUUGGUUCGAUCCGGCACUACCACCACACCAGGGCGGUGCAGGAAAGACGCAGUUCGAUCAGCAACCGAACCGGGGACGCUUCGCUGCCCCGGCACAUCUCGGGGUACCGGGUGAUCCACUGUACCCGGCGCUGGCCCAGGGUGUCGCGAAAACGACGGAACCCCAAUCGCAGGGUGGGUUUAGUGUGGUUCGGCAACGGGGGCGCAAAAAAUCCGCCCUUAACCAGCUGGCGGCCGAACUGCACAAGAAAAAGACACAAACCAACAUGAACGGGCUUGAUUCGGGCAGUGAACCGAUCUCGUUCGGAUCCACACACCAAAGUACCGGUCGCAAACAGGCCGUUGGUGGUGGUGGUGGUGGUUUGGGCGGCAGUGGACGACAGACCAGUCUCGGUGCGAAGCCGCCGAGUCGUGGCAAUAGCAAUGGUAUCGUUAAGCAAGCACCGGGAACCAUCGGUCCCGUCAGUUCCAUCUUCAACAACGACGAUCCGUUGGGUGCGCUGCGGAGGAUCAACAAGGAUGCCAAAAUUCGCUAUCAGAGCACGUUGCCGGAGCAACACUCGGACGUGACGGAGAUCCUCGGU